UCCAGGUUCCGGCAGUCGCCAGGAAGCGCCUGCCAGAGGUCGCGGCCCGCUCUCAGCCACAGGGCUGGUCGGGGAGUCGGUGGCGCACCAGGCCCUUGCCGGCGCAGCACGAAGCAGAUGCUCCCGAAUGUGUACGGGAUGAGGGCGGGCGGCGCGGGGCCCCACCGAGGCGGCUGUGGGGCCGAGGUAGCGCUCCCCUCGUAGACGGCGCGCGGCUCCGGGCCCGCGCACGCCUGGCCCAGCGCGAUUCCUGCUGGCCACGUGACCGCGCGCGCACGUGUUCCGGCCUCUCGGCGCCGCGGCUCCUAGCGGCUAGUGGGCAACGCGGAGCGGCGUGAGCAGCGGCCUCCGGCAGGCGGGCGGCGGCCUCCGACAUGAACCCCAGGGGCCUCUUCCAGGACUUCAACCCGAGUAAGUUCCUCAUCUACGCCUGCCUUCUGGUCUUCUCGGUGUUGCUGCCUCUCCGCCUGGACAGCGUCAUCCAGUGGAGCUACUGGGCUGUCUUCGCCCCCAUAUGGCUGUGGAAGCUCUUGGUCAUCGCGGGUGCCUCGGUGGGUGCGGGCGUUUGGGCUCGAAAUCCUCGCUACCGCACCGAAGGGGAGGCCAGCGUGGAGUUCAAAGCCAUGCUGAUCGCCGUGGGUAUCCACCUGCUGCUACUCAUGUUCGAAGUCCUGGUCUGUGACCGGGUGGAGAGGGGCACCCACUUCUGGCUGCUGGUCUUCAUGCCACUCUUCUUCGUUUCCCCGGUGUCUGUGGCCGCUUGCGUCUGGGGCUUUCGACAUGACAGGUCGCUGGAGCUGGAGAUCCUGUGCUCCGUCAACAUCCUGCAGUUCAUCUUCAUCGCCCUGAGGCUGGACAGGAUUAUCCACUGGCCGUGGCUCGUGGUGUUCGUGCCACUGUGGAUCCUCAUGUCCUUCCUUUGCCUGGUUGUCCUCUAUUACAUCGUCUGGUCCCUCCUGUUUCUGAGGUCCCUGGAUGUGGUUGCAGAACAGCGAAGAACACACGUGACCAUGGCCAUCAGCUGGAUAACGAUUGUGGUGCCCCUGCUCACUUUUGAGGUUCUACUGGUUCACAGAUUGGAUGGCCACAAUACAUUCUCUUAUAUCUCCAUAUUUGUUCCCCUUUGGCUGUCAUUAGUAACUUUGAUGGCCACAACAUUUAGACGAAAAGGAGGUAAUCAUUGGUGGUUUGGCAUUCGCAGAGAUUUCUGUCAAUUUCUGCUUGAAAUUUUCCCAUUUUUAAGAGAAUAUGGGAACAUUUCCUAUGAUCUCCAUCAUGAAGACAGUGAAGAUGCUGAAGAAACAUCCAGUCCAGAGGCUCCAAAAAUUCCCCCAAUGUUUGGAAAGAAGGCCAGGGUAGUUAUAAUGCAGAGCCCUGGGAAAUAUGUUCCCCCACCUCCCAAGUUAAAUAUUGAUAUGCCAGACUAAACUGCCUUCCCUCAGCCCUUCAGUGAGGUGGAAACCACAUAUGCACACCAACUCCACCUUGCUUUUGCCACUUUAUCCAUCCCAGACCUGGAACCGCAAACAGGCUCCUAACACCGUUUCACACCUUGAGAUCAAUACCAAUUAGUGACUUGUUGUGCGCUGUAGAUAGCAGAGGUUAUUUUAGUCUGGUUUUGUGUGUGUGUGUGUGUGUGUGUCUGUGAUGUGUAUAUGUAUGAGAGAACUUGCUUUCCAAAUUGGUGUUUAAGAGCUAGUCAGGGCAGUAAGUGGAAUUGUAGUAGGUCUUCAAAAGGAGUAACUACAGAGCUGUUUGGUUUGUUUUUUUUUUAAAGGUCUACUAUACCUAUUAAAAGUAUUGUUUAAAAAAGUAUUUUUAUACCCUGCUAGUCUAAAAUUGUUUGAGAUUUUUCCUGUUGUGACAUAUUAGCAAAUGUACAGACUCUCUUUCCCACCACUGGUUUAGAAGCCUCAUAGUUAUUUUUAGUGUUCCUGCUGUUAAAAUAGUUUUGCUUUGGGCAUUGCUUUAGGCAUAACUGUCUUUAAUAGUCUAACAGAUGAUUUUUUCUAAUGGAGUGAAUCUGUGCAUAUAUAAUAUUUAUAUGAAUAUUUUAGUGUAAUAUGUUGAAUUCCAGUUCUCUGCAGUACAGUGUAUUAUGUUAAAGGUUUUUUUAUGUCUCUAUGUGAAGAUACAUGUUUAUUGCAGUUGUCCUCAGAGUGCAUAAAAUGUUAAUAUGUACCUCUUGUGGGGUCUAAUCUAUGUACUAGGCAGAGAUUAGGCAUUGGAAAUCCCAUGGAUCUGAAUAUUCAGAUGUUAGGUGACAGAGGUCUUCACAGUUCUAUGGCCUGUCUCAGUACAUGUUAGUAGAGAGAGGAGCCACAACCCUUUGGGGGCAAGUGACACACUCCAGCGUGGAACCAGGUGGUAACAUCUCUUGAGGAACAACUAAAGUAAGCAACAAGUGGUUUGUACAUUUCUAAGGAUCUUAGAAUAUUAGUUUGUCAUAAAGUAAAGCAUUACUUGUCACUAGAAAGCUGAACAGAGUGACCUUAACCAAAUGUAGCCAACAAGGUAUCUUAUUUUAAGGUCCAAACUUUUGGGUCUGUCAGCAACAGGGAAGCAAUAGAUUGGGUUACUUUUUCAAGUAAGUAUGAUGUGUCUUCAGGUGCUGGUGGGAUGGAUAUCAGGGAACCAGAAGGCCAAAAGCCAGAUUCUACAAGAGUAAUGUUCUGACUGGAACAAAUAAAUACAUUUAGAAGGAGGUUAAAGUAUAAAGGAGUACUGAUGUUUCUGGGAGAAGACUGUUGGGAAUCCACUUGUAUUGACAACUUAUUAAAAAUUACCUAAAGAAGGGCCAGGGAUGUAGCUUAGUGGCACCGUGCCUGCCUGGCAAGUGCAGGGCUCUGAGUUUGUUCCCUGGUACUGGAAAAAAAAAAAUUUACCUAAAGUGUGUUCCAUGCAGUAAAUACAUGACUACAUCCUUUGCCCUGGCCACGAGACAGAUCUGUUCCAUUUAAUAGACCCAAAUUCACUAUUUUUGCCCCAUUUAAAAUAUGCUAAAGUCAAGCACAGGGACCCGAGUUCAAUCCCCGGUACCAAAAAAAAAAAAAAA